AUGUCUAACCGAUCUCGAUUUGCUUGCGAACGGUGCAAGCGUUCAAAGCGGAAAUGUGACGGAAUUCCCGACGUCAGGGGCUGUACGAUAUGUCACAAGGCUGGCGUGGAAUGUUCAAUUCUUCACCACCAAGAACAGACAGCGAAAUAUAUAGCGCAGUUGGAGGCCAAGAUUAAUUAUCUGGAGUCGAAUGCUCACUCAGGGACCGCAGGUGCGGCUCUGAAACUGGUAGCCGACUCUCCUCCCGUGGAAGAGCGAGCGGAUAAGUCACCCUUUGGCCCCAGUCUGUCAUUCAUAUUCCACCGAGCUCUUGACGGCUCUCCAUUGAACGAGCAUCACGACAAAUUUGUGCCAGAGGCCCUGGACACCCCGUCUUCCAAAACUGGCCCGCCGGAUUACACACGUUUGAUCGAGGAUGACGAAAUGGGCCAACGUCUGAUCGAGUCGUGCAUGAAACUCAUGUUUUCUCGCUUUCCUUUUCUUCACAGAGAGUACGCUUAUCAAUUACACCGGAAUAGAAAAGAGGUGUUGCGGACACCAGAAACCAGACAAGACGCGAUCAAGAGGUUUGCCCUGCUGAUGAUAUACGCUAUUGGUCUGCGCGUAACCCAGAUGAUCAAGGCAGAAACGCUCGAAGGGUGCACCUACUAUAAUGCUGACGACAUAUAUGCCGAUGCCUUACAGGAUCUGGAGCGGAUUUCCGCCGUCGUGGACAUCGACGCCGUGAGGUGUCUGAUUCUGGUGGCGUACUUCAUGCUCCGCUCCUCGCGCAGUCACCAGAUCUGGCAUCUGUGUGGUUUAAUUAUUCGGCUCUGCGUGGACCUGAACUUGCACCGCCGUGAGACCGGACCUGUUCCUAUCGAAGAGCUGCACGAGUCUGUGAUGCGUCGCCGUGUCUUUUGGAGCGCCUAUGUUAUUGAGAGAAGUAUUUGCAUGCACUUUGGACGGCCUAUGUGUCUCUCUGAUUACGACAUCGAUGCUGAGCUACCGUACAACAUAGACGACUCUGUUACGGACUGUCAUGAGCUGGACGACAUCAUCAACAAACACCCAGAGAAAAUGGGCCCGACCGUCAUCACAGACCUCACGGUGGGCAUCUGUCUCAUCAAGCUGCGCCGAAUAGACUCCGUUAUUCAGCACAGCAUCUACCGUGUUGACCAGGAACAGGAUAUGGAGACAUUAUUGAAAGAUAUCGGAGUGAUGUACGAAAGAGUGCAGCAAUGGAAGAACGACCUGCCUGCCUUUGAUGAAGAGCACAACCAGCUAUUCAUGACACUCCUAUACCACAAGACAAUGCGGAUACUGCUUGUUCCUCUGAUUUCGAAAGACAUCGAAGUGUCGAGCUCGCCCGAAGCGCAGUUUUUUGUCGACCAGUGCGUCAAGUCGUGCGGUACAAUUUGCUUGCUGGCAAAACGUCUUAUACAGCUCGAAUGGUACUGCCACAGCUUCAUCGCCAUACACACUCUGUUUGUGAGCGCAAUGACCUUAAUAUACUGUGUUCUUACUGGACGGCUGGAAUGGACGGUCGAGAUCUCGACGUGUUUGCAAUCGUGCUCCACCGCGCUGUUUGUGGUUGGGGAACGGAUGCCGUUCACGAAAUCGUUUUUACGGGACGCCUACGAACGCGUGCUGAACAAAACCAUGGAGCAAAUGUCAAAGAAAGAGACAACCAACAAGACAAAGAAUUACCGCAUUGGGGGCAUAAAUGUCCUCGACAUGCCGUCCGAGCUGGAAUUUCCUCUCUUUCAGGAGCAAAAAUACUCGGAGCUGGAUCUAAACGAGUCGCUCAAUACUCCGAUCGUCAACGACUUCGAUGAGUUAUGGCAAAUUAUCAGCGACCAAAAGCCGUUUGGAAUUGAAGGAGACGUCGCUCUCAAUGAGUUCAACUGCGGACUGGACAACGGAUAUCAAUACUAA